AUGUCUUUUCAGAGUACACUCAGCCUGUCUCUGAACAACCCCACCCAUGCCCUCUGCAUGGUAGGCAUGGAAAUCGCCUUGGACAUCAGCGGGUGUGCACCGGACAAGUGCAAGUCCUUCACCAUCCGUGGGUCCCCCAGGAUCUUGAUCCACAUCUCCAGCUCCGUCAUCACUGGCAAAGAGGAUGCUAUGGUCUGGAGACCAAUGAACCAACCCACAGAAGCAUUGGUGAGGAUGGUGUCGCCCAGCCCCACUGUGGAUGAGGACAAGGUGCUGGUCUCCUACUACUGUCCUGACAAAGAAGUCCCCACGGCCACAGCUGUGCUGUUCCUCACCGGCAUCGAGGUCUCCCUGGAGGCAGACAUCUAUCGAGAUGGACAACUGGACAUGCCAAGUGAUAAGCAAGCUAAGAAAAGAUGGAUGUGGGGUCUGAACGGCUGGGGAGCCAUCCUGCUUGUGAAUUGUAGCCCUAGUGCCGUGGGCCAGCCUGAUGAACAGUCCCUCAUUCAGGAGGGCCCCAGAGAAAUACAGCACCUGUCUCAGAUGACUCUAACUGUGGAGGGCCCCACCAGCAUCCUACAGAAAUACCAGUUGCUCCUACAUACCUCCGAGGAAGAGGCGAAGAAGACGAGAGUCUACUGGUCUCGGAAAGGCUCCUCUGCCUAUGAACUGGUGGUGGGCCCUAACAAGCCUGUCUAUACCCUGCCUACCUUUGAGAACCGUGGGAAAGAGAUCUUCUACAUAGAAGCCACGGAAUUCCCAUCUCCCAGCUUCUCGGGCCUGAUCUCCUUCUCCGUCUCCCUAAUAGAAAAGGCUCACGACCAGAAAAUGGCCCCUUUCCUCGCCUUCCCCCGGGACAGGGAGGAGCUACAGCUACAAGGUUUUGUGGACACCGUGACCAGGCUGAGCGAGAAGAGCAACGUGCAGGUGGCAUCGGUCUAUGAGGACCCCAACCGCCAGGGCAAGUGGCUCCAGGAUGAGAUGGCUUUCUGCUAUACUCAGGCUCCUCACAAGACGGUGUCCUUGAUCCUUGACACCCCGAGGGUUUCCAAGCUGGAAGACUUCCCCAUGAAAUACUCACUGAGCCCUGGUGUUGGCUACCUGAUCCAACAAACUGAAGACCACAGGGUGGCUAGCCUGGAUUCCAUCGGGAACCUGAUCGUGUCCCCGCCUGUCAAGGCUCAGGGCAAAGACUACCCUCUAGGGAGGGUCCUCAUUGGUGGCAGCUUUUACCCCAGCUCUGAGGGCCGGGACAUGAGCAAGGGCCUUCGAGAAUUCGUGUAUGCCCAGCAGGUGCAGGCCCCUGUGGAACUCUUCUCGGAUUGGCUGAUGACCGGUCACAUGGAUGAGUUCAUGUGCUUUGUCCCUACCAAUGAUAAAAACAAUGACCAGAAGGACUUCCGCCUGCUGCUGGCCAGCCCCAGUGCCUGCUUUGAGCUGUUUGAACAGAAGCAGAAGGAAGGCUAUGGGGACGUGGCCCUGUUUGAAGACGUCCAAGCAGAACAGCUCCUUUCUAACGGGAGGGAGGUCAAAACUAUUUCCCAAAUCCUGGCUGACAAGAGUUUUCGAGAGCAGAACGCCUAUGUUGAGAAGUGUAUCAGCCUGAACCGCACCCUCCUGAAGAAGGAACUGGGAUUGGAAGACAAGGAUAUCGUCCUGAUCCCGCAGCUCUUCUGCCUGGAGCAGCUGACGAAUGUCCCCUCCAACCAGCAGAGCACCAAACUCUUCGCGAGGCCGUACUUCCCAGACAUGCUGCAGAUAAUCGUGUUGGGCAAGAACCUUGGGAUCCCCAAGCCCUUUGGGCCCCAAAUCAAGGGCACCUGCUGCCUAGAAGAGAAAGUGUGUGCAUUACUGGAGCCCCUGGGUCUCAAGUGCACCUUCAUUGACGAUUUUGACUGCUACCUGGCCAACAUGGGGGACGCCUGUGCCAGCGUCAUCAUAAACCGGGUGCCAUUUGCAUUCAAGUGGUGGAAGAUGACUCCAUAA